CUCAGCCAGUUCAUCAAAACGAAAAAAAAACCAAGUGCACAAAACCGCACCUAAAUCUUAAAUGGCGAAGCAGGAGGUGAAAAUUUUGUCAUUUUGGGCUAGUCCAUUUGCCUGGAGGGUUGAAUGGGCUCUAAAGCUGAAGGGUGUUGAUUAUGAGUACAUUGAAGAAGAUAUCUUCAAUAAGAGCUCUCUUCUUUUGGAGCUGAACCCAGUUCAUAAAUUGGUUCCAGUCUUGAUUCAUGACGGGAAAGUCAUCCUUGAAUCGUUCAUCAUUCUUGAAUACAUCGAUGAGACCUGGAAACAAAAUCCACUGCUGCCUCAACAUCCUUAUGAAAUAGCCCAAGCACGAUUUUGGGCUAAAUUCGCAGAAGAGAAGCUUUUGUAUGCGGCAUGGACUGCUAUGUGCUCCCUAGGAGAGAAAAAGGAGAAUUCACGAAAAUUAGCCAUAGAGGCUGUGGAAAAGAUAGAGGAAGUGAUAAAAGGGAAAAAGUUUUUUGGAGGGGAAAGCAUUGGGUAUUUGGACAUUGCACUGGGAUGGAUCGCUCACUGGCUGCCUAUUUGGGAGGAAGUUGGGUCCAUGCAGAUUUUGGAUCCUGCAAAAUUUCCUGCCAUCAUUGCAUGGAUGAAGAAUUUUCUGAAUCACGGACUGAUCAAACACAAUUUACCACCUAAGGACAGAAUGCUUGUUUAUUUUCAUGAGCGUAGCAAAACCUUGUCGGCUGUCCAGCAGGGGUGAUUUUCAUUUACAGUUUAGUUCUACGUGUUGGGUAUGUUUGCAAGUAAUGCAUUUUAGUUUGGUCAUGUGAGAAUUUUUCUAAUUAUGCUCUUUGAGACGAAGAAAUUAUGUGGAAAGCUUUUUCAGUACUUUAUGAAUUUUGUCUAAUAUUUGAAGGGAUCUAGCUAGCUAGAAGACUUCAAAUAAAUACGUGUUGUACUGUUGAUUGUGUAAGCCCUGUCAAAUGAAAUAAAUUUGCAUUAUAUGCUUCUUCA